AUGACAUCUCCCGAGUACCACAACGCCGCUUCCGCAUACCUCGACUGUCAAGCUGCAGCCUGGAUCAUCUUCACCGACAACGCUCUGCUACACAGAGCGAAUUCCGUCGACGACGAAGUGGAAGGCCAUGGCUCUUUCGCCUCUUGGGACCAGCAUAAAGACGCAAUGACGAGCCUGGUGGCCCGCAUGCGGACGGAUGCUAGCUGCGAUGGCCAGGGCAUCGACGGCUAUGCCGUUCGUUUCAUGAGAACGUACAUCGUCCACGGCGGCGAGAACUGUCCCGUCGACGUACGAUCCAGAAUCCUUCGACACCUGGCAAAACGAGCCCAAGAUCAACGGAGCAGACUAUCGGACCUGCGACGCUUUGACAGGAGAAAGGCCAUGUACGGCACACAAGAGCUGAAGAAUGAGCUUCACCUCGGAAGAGGUGAACGCGCCUGCACAUGGCGGAAGGCUUGGAGAGUGAAUGGCUCGAGCUGCCCCCUUAAGCUUCAUCGACUCUCCAAACUCGCACUUCUUCUUUCCUCCUUUCUAUACCCAACAACACUCGCAAGAUAUCGGAAUACGGAGCACAUCCGAACUUCAACACUUUCCGCCGAUUCUUCGCCACCCGACAACAUCUCUACAAUGUCCUCAUUCCUGCCGUUUCCCGUCCUCGACAAUCCCACUCUGCUCACCACUUCAAGCUCGGAAGAAUGCAAUCAAGCUACAGGAGAUCUGCUCGUUACAGAAGAAGACGACCAAGAGCUUGACGACAGAGUGCUGCAUCCUGUCUACUUCGACUCCGCGAGCUCGCUCCAGCGUCUUGCGAAAAACUACGCAAUCCGCCCGGGGAUCCUGCCAACCAAAGACUCGCCCGAGUUUGAGCUUCUUCGUCAGAGUCUUCGCGCCAAUUCGACCCUGAUGAAGAGAACUUCAGCCCCUGGGGCUCGCGCAAGAACUUGGAACUCAGUUCCCACUACUGGCCUUGACAUCUCAAUUAACUUGAAGAGCGGCAGUGUCCAGCCGGUUGUCACCAUCCACAUCAAUGGAGAGAACAACGGCGAAGCGGUUGAGCGAUUUCUGAGCAGCAGCCUCGCGCUGCAGCACCUCACCUCCCCAAUGGUGCCUAUCGUACUGAUUGUGAAGUCCGCAAUCUUCACUUCCUCGGGCGAACAGAAGGAUCUCUCCGCCACGAUCGCCCUCAGCCCUGCCAAUAUGGGCGAAUUUGUGCAGAUCGCCUUGAAGUUGGUCGAAGAAGCAAAGGCGCAACAUGUACUGGGAAAGGCGAGCUGGAGCUGGGAGCACCGCGGGAAAGCUUGGCCUGAGCAUUCUGCUGUACGCCUCUUCCGCUCAAGGCCAAGAUUCGAGCUCACUGCUCCUGCGGAGAGUGAGCAGACGGGGUUGCUGGCCGUAUCGGAAGAAGCCGUUGGCGCAAACGGAACCGGGUCGAACUCAGGAAAGAAAGCGUCGGACGAGGGAACGAAGACGGGUCUCUCGCAGUGGCUCAGCGGCUGGAAUAUGUGCUUCAUUACGCAGGACGAAGGGACUGGAAUCUCACGGAAGUAA